UAUUUGCUUACAAAAUUUCAAAUUUUGUGUUGCCGGCUUACAGCUGAGUUUAAACCGCCGUCGAAAUUUUGAUUGUCAGUUGCCGUUAUUGUUAAUGUUUUUCGGCACAGGACUCUGAACGAAUGCCGCUUUUUGUAUUUUUUUGGGAAAAUUUGUUAAAUAUUAAUAAUUUUUAAAGAAAAUAACUUAUAACAAACAUGGAGGAGGUUCAGCGACACAGUGUUCAUACAUUAAUAUUUCGUUCCUUGAAAAGAACCCAUGAUAUGUUUGUUUCAAAUCAGGGCGCUUUACCAGAAAUUGAUGAAAAAUUAGAAAAGAUUAGAAAAUCCAUUAAGGCACGUGAUAGUUAUGGUUUGGUAUUCGAUCGUGCUGCCCAAGCUGCAGAGGCAAAGAAAUAUGGCAAUGGUAAUGCUAGUACUGGUAUGGCUGCUUUGGAGGGUCCCGAGAAACCUUUAGCCAUUACAGACGGUUCUUUAGGAGCGGGUCUCAACAAAGACAAUCUAUCUUUAAUAGCUGCCAACAACAAGAACGGUGAUAUACCCAUGAGCAAUGCAUUAGUUUCUGCCCCUGGUAUGCGUUCGGCCACGGGUGGCAGCAAUGUUCAGUUAAUACCCAAAAAAGCUCCUACAAUUCCCAAACCCUCAUGGCAUGCUCCCUGGAAGUUAUCACGUGUUAUUUCGGGUCAUUUAGGUUGGGUACGUUGCAUAGCUGUAGAACCGGGCAAUGAAUGGUUCGCUACUGGUGCCGGAGAUCGUGUUAUAAAAAUUUGGGAUUUGGCUAGUGGUAAAUUGAAACUUUCUCUCACGGGUCAUGUAAGUACUGUGCGUGGUUUGGCCGUAAGUGCCAAACAUCCGUAUCUCUUCAGUUGUGGUGAAGAUCGUCAGGUGAAAUGUUGGGAUUUAGAAUACAACAAAGUCAUUAGGCACUAUCAUGGUCAUUUAUCAGCCGUCUAUUCCCUGGCACUGCAUCCUACUAUAGAUGUUCUAGCCACUUCAGGACGUGAUUCUACAGCUCGCAUCUGGGAUAUGCGCACAAAGGCCAAUAUACACACAUUAACGGGGCACACCAAUACAGUGGCUAGUGUGGUGGCUCAAGCUGCCAAUCCUCAAAUCAUUACAGGUUCCCACGAUUCCACAGUACGUUUAUGGGAUCUGGCAGCCGGAAAGAGUGUAUGCACUCUGACCAACCACAAAAAAUCUGUACGUAGCAUAGUUUUACAUCCCACACUUUACAUGUUUGCUUCCGCCUCCCCGGACAACAUCAAACAAUGGCGCUGUCCUGAGGGUAACUUUGUGCAAAAUAUUUCUGGACACAGCGCCAUCGUCAAUUGUAUGGCGGUAAAUCAGGACGGCGUUUUAGUUUCGGGCGGUGACAAUGGUACCAUGUUCUUCUGGGACUGGCGUACUGGUUAUAAUUUCCAACGUUUUCAAGCACCCGUCCAGCCUGGUUCUAUGGACAGUGAGGCUGGUAUAUUUGCCAUGUGUUUCGAUCAAUCGGGUUCGCGUCUUAUAACUGCUGAAGCCGAUAAGACUAUUAAAAUCUAUAAGGAAGACGAUGAAGCCACAGAAGAAACACAUCCCGUUAACUGGAGGCCAGAGAUUUUGAAAAGACGCAAAUUCUAAGUUAAGUGUGUUAGGAAAUUUGUAUUUAGUUUUAAUUUUUAAUAAUAAAGUUCAAAUAUAUAUUUGUAUAAUUGUAAUACAA